AUGGGAUCAAAUUCUAGUUUACCAAAACUAUCAUUAUCCAAUAAUAUUGAUUUAUUACAAAUUUGUUCAGAACAUUCUAUGAGUAUUAAUUGUUUAACAAUAAAUGAGAAACAUUUCAUAUUAGCUACAGGUUCAGAUGAUGGUAUCAUAUGUAUAUGGAAUAUGAAUUCAUUAGAUUUAUCAAACUUAUUAUGUUGUAUACAUAAAUUCAACGAACAUUCUGGUUAUAUAACACAAUUAAUAUUUCAUAAUGAUUAUUUAAUAUCAUCAUCAUCAGAUGGUACAAUACGUAAAUGGAAUUAUAAGAUAGGAAAAUGUGAAUAUGUAUUUGUAGGCCAUAAAGAUGUGGUGAGAAAAAUUAUAUGCGUCAACGACUAUAUUAUAAGUGGAUCACAAGAUAAAACAGCCAUUUGUUGGAAUUUCCAUACAGGUGCAAUAUUGAAUACAUUCAAAGGGCAUACACGUCUUGUCAAUGCAAUUGCCUAUUAUGGUACUGUAACAAAUGUAUUUCGAAAUGAUAAUAGUUUUGAAAUGCUUUCAACUGCUGGAAAUUUUGAACGUGUUUAUACAGGAUCAGCAGAUCGAACUGCUAAAUCAUGGAGUCUUAAAACAUCAAAAUGUGUUGUUACUUUUGAAGGUCAUACACAACCAAUUACAGUAAUGGAAGUAAUUAAAGAUGGUGAAAUUCUAUUAACAGCAUCGAUUGAUAAUACUAUACGUAGUUGGUUUACAGAAUCUGGAAUACAACAAUUUAUAUUUGUUGGACAUAAAGGAACAAUUAUCUCUAUGCAUAUUAAUAAUAAAAUAUUAUAUACAGGAAGUAUUGAUCAUACAGCAAGAUCAUGGUCUAUAGAAACUGGUAAACAAAUAAGAGUAUUCUCAAAACAUAGUCGUUCAGUGAAUUAUGUUAGAAAUCAUGAAGGAAUGGUGAUUACUGCUUGUAGUGAUGGAUGUGUAAGAUUGUUUGAUGAAAAAACAGGUGAACUAUUAAAGAAGUUAAUUCAUCCAAAUCAUGAAAGUUGUCUUAUAUUCAAGAUUUAUGGUGAUUAUUUAUUUUCUGCAUCAAAUGAUGGAAAAAUUUAUAUCUGGCGUUAUUUUAAUCCAGAAAUAAUGAAACGAAAUGAAAGUGAAUAAAUAAUUAUUGUUCAAAUUGAAAAUGUUUUGAUCAUGGAAACUACAGCAAAUAUUUUUUGAAAUUUGUCUUAGUAACAACCUCUUUUUGUUGUUGUUGUUGUUGU